AAACUUCUGCCUACAGGAUCAGACAAAUUUAGUCUUUAACGAAUGAAGAACCACUUUAAAACUUCGUUCAAAGCAUUUCUAAAUCUUUGCUUCUUGAAGAAAAGAGAAGCAAUCAACGGAUAUUUCGGUCUUAUUUGGAGUUCACUAUCCCUGCAUGCAGCAGAGACGGUGCGUUCGGCCAUUGAGGGGAAACUGUGUCAAGGAAAGCAUCCCAACACCACAGGCAAAUGGAGCAAACCUAUGGGGAGGUAAACCAGUUAGGAGGGGUUUUUGUUAACGGCCGACCACUUCCCAACGCCAUCCGACUAAGAAUAGUGGAGUUAGCACAGCUCGGGAUCCGUCCGUGCGACAUCAGCCGCCAGCUUCGCGUUUCCCAUGGCUGUGUAAGCAAGAUUCUGGCAAGAUACAACGAAACAGGCUCUAUAUUGCCCGGUGCGAUCGGAGGCAGCAAGCCGCGAGUUACGACACCAAAUGUGGUGAAGAGCAUACGGGAAUACAAACAAGGAGACCCGGGGAUUUUUGCAUGGGAGAUUCGUGACCGACUUCUAGCAGAUGGAGUAUGUGACAAAUACAACGUGCCAUCCGUCAGCUCCAUCAGCCGGAUUUUACGAAACAAGAUUGGCAACCUCUCCCAGCCAAACCAGUACGAAAGUGGCAAACAAACUGUUUCGCAGCCGAGUCUCUCUUAUAAUCACUUAUAUCCAUACGCAUACCCCAAUGCAAUGUCUCCUUCCGGAACCAAAAUGAGUAAUUCUGCCGGUGUCCCAGUCACCGGAGGACAUGUAAGCAUACCACGAGGCUGGCCUUCAGCUCACACCGUCAGCAACAUACUGGGCAUACGUGCUUUCAUGGACCCCACAGCUAUCGCUGGUACUGAAGGCUAUACAACAAAAAUGGAGGACUGGGGUAGUGUCAACCGAGCAGCUUUUCCUUCCACGCAUGGAGUCAACGGGAUAGAUAAAUCUUCAAUUGAGACGGACAUAAAGUACCCUCAGCCUUCAUCAACCCUGUCUAGUUACGUUGCGCCGUGUGCCUAUUCUCCCACGAACCAGUAUGGUGUAUACAGUGGAGCAGCAGGCAGCUAUGUGAGCCCCGGACACCACUGGCAGGCUCAGGGAUCGAGCCCUAUGACUAUCCAUUCAGGGGAACUCCACUCUGCUAUGUCUUUCAAACACACCGCCCGAGACGGAGACAGAAAACCUCCGAGUCCCCUAAGUAAGCAACAGCACGAGGUGCUGAGCAGCAUACACGGACUCAGCCUUCCUACGUCAUCAUCAUAGCCCUGGAUGUUAUGUAUGGCGCGUGCAGCGUAAAUUUUAGCAAUACAUUUGCCCAUUUCAUGAACAGUAAGUUCAAACGCUACUUUCCGCCAUUGAUGCGGAUAGCAUACAUUCUUAUUUUCGGAAACAAAAUGAAUGUAUUGUUUAUUUUUAAUUACAACUGUGCUUUGUGCUGCGUUGAAUGUUAGUUGAUUGUUUUGUCUUUUGCCUUUAAAAAUGUAAUAUGUUUGCGCUAUUUAUAUAUGAAAAUAACGACUGCAAAACGAAUUAUUGGCAUUGUCCAGACCACCUUAACAACUGGGUAACGUUAUUUGUUACAUGUCGUUUUUCACUUGGGAAAUAAAUUGCAGUACCUUAAUCAAAGUCAAAUAUGUGAAUUGAUUAACUGUUAAUGUAAAUAUGAUAAAUUCUUUAGCUAUAUAUUUUUUAUAAAUUCUUGUGUAAAUAAGCUAAAUAAAGGCAUUGCACAAGUACAUUUCUAUACACUAUGUCCUUGUUGUUUCUGAAUAUAAUUUGACUC